AUGAGAGGUAAUUAUCUCCGAGAUGGGUAUAAAUCUCAGCACAGAUAUACAAAUGGAUCCGAUGGAAACAAUAAAACGCAAAACAAUUAUAACAAUAGGAGAACAUUUUAUCAAAAGAAAAAUGCAAGUAAAGACAGGGAUAAAGGAAUAACCUUCUGCCCGCACUAUACACUAAGGGGAUUAUGCCGUUUUGUAGACGAUUGCAAAAAUUUACAUAAUUUGAAAUUAGUUGAUACAUUUUUUUUACAAAGAUCAUAUAUCGAUUGUGCAAUUAUAGUACAUGGGCCAAACAACGAAAUAUAUUUAUUUACAUCCAUAUCUCCGUAUACAAUAAAUGUAUGGAUUUUUGUUCCUGGAGAAGGGUCUAAGGAACUAGACAUUAAGCAUUUAAAAAAAAUUGAAUUUGAAUUAACACCAGAAGAAGAAUCAUAUGGAGAAGACAAAUUAAAAUAUAAUAAGAAAAUAAAGAAAAAAAAAAAAAGAGUUUUAUCUCUUUUAUAUGCAGAAGAAUGUAUAUUUGCUGGUUUGGAUAAUGGGUUAAUAAAAAUAAUGCAUUUGCCAUCAUCUGAUUCUUCAACUCUUUAUGCACAUACAGAUUCUAUAUACAGCAUAGUAUGCAUAGAUGGAAUCAUUAUAUCUUCAUCUAUAAAUGGAGAAGUUAAAUUCUGGAAAUACCAAGAAUCAUAUUUAAGUUUUGUGACAAUUAAAAAAAUUGAUACGAAAACCAAAAUUUAUAAAAUGAUAGAAAUAAUUUCAAGUAAAUGUUCUUCAGCUAAUGUGAAUACUAAUUCGAAUGUCGAAGAAAAUAAAUUCAGUAGAACCUUAUGGGUAUGUGGUGAUAGUAUAACAAUAAUCAAUUUGUUAAAUUUAGAAAUCGUUAACAUUGUUAAAUGUAAAUAUGGAAGUGUAGUAUCUGUAAUGCAAUAUGAAGCUAAUGUAAUUACUGCUAUGAGUGAAGGUAAAAUAUUAGCCUUCAGUCUAAAGGGAGAUAAUAAUUUUGAAAUGAAUACUUUGCCAAUUUAUUGUAUGGCUGGUUUAACGAAUCAUAAAAAUGUACCCAUACUUAUAUAUGGUUCAACUAAAGCAUUAUAUACUUUUUCUUUACCUGAAUUUAAUCCGUAUGGAUAUUUAAAAGAUAGAGAAUCAAUGACCCUCAAAUUUAAUAUUAACGACCCCGAUUUUAUUUUGCCUCUUUCUGGCCCCUAUUUUAUUGUGGUGUUUUCCAAUGCUGGCAACGCGAAAGUAUGGAAAUGGGAAUCAAAAGAUUAA